CAUCAGCCAGGCUGGGGAUGGGGAGGGCAGGGUGAGACCCUCAGAGGCUGCUGACAUUUCUAGACCGCCAGGAAGUCCCGGGAAGUCGGUGUGGAAUUGAAAGUUCCUUAACUGCGGCCGUUGAGGGGGGGAAAAGGGGGAGCCCGACCCGUUCUCAUCCCCCUCCAGCAUGGUGAGCGGCGGGGCGGCUCGCGCGCAUCCGGGCUGCGCUCGGGCGAGCCGGGCCAGGCACAGCCAGGCUGCCUGAGCUCCAGCCCGCGGCCGGUGCCCCCCUCGCUCCAUGCGCUGCUGCAGAAGCCACCACGGCAGCCGCCGCCGACAUGAGCUGCAGAGAGGGGGCCGACGGCAGCUGCGGCUGCGGUGGGCGCGACGACAACAGGAUCCUCAAGUGCGUGGUGGUCGGGGACGGCGCGGUGGGCAAGACCUGCCUGCUGAUGAGCUACGCCAACGACGCCUUCCCGGAGGAGUACGUGCCCACCGUGUUUGACCACUAUGCAGUAACCGUGACGGUGGGGGGCAAGCAGCACUUGCUCGGACUGUACGACACCGCAGGACAGGAGGACUACAACCAGCUGCGGCCUCUCUCCUACCCCAACACCGACGUGUUCCUCAUCUGCUUCUCCGUUGUCAACCCUGCCUCCUAUCACAACGUUCAGGAGGAGUGGGUUCCGGAGCUGAAGGAUUGCAUGCCCCACGUGCCUUACGUCCUCAUUGGGACCCAGAUCGACCUCCGCGAUGACCCUAAGACCUUGGCACGCCUGCUGUACAUGAAGGAGAAGCCCCUCACCUACGAGCACGGCGUGAAGCUGGCGAAAGCGAUCGGAGCACAGUGCUACUUGGAAUGUUCGGCGCUGACUCAGAAGGGUCUCAAAGCGGUUUUCGAUGAGGCCAUCCUCACUAUUUUCCACCCCAAGAAAAAAAAGAAAGGCUGCCUGGAGUGCCACGGCUGCUGUGCAAUCAUCUGACGUCACCGGAGACCCAGCGCCCCCCCAUGCCAAGGCCCGUCCCGGUACCCUUCCCGGCUUCGCAGCUCAGCUGCCUGUCCACCGCUGCCACAUCCUCAGGCCGGCCAGACCGUCCACGCUGCGCACGGAGAAUACCGCGCCUCGUUCAGACAGUUCGCUGGUGAGGUGCGGAGGGCCAAGCCACCAUACGCCCUGUUCUGCAUUCACCUCUCCCCACCCCUACCGUUAUGAACCAACAGGAAGCAUGACGGGGAAAAAACAAGCACUCCAUCCUGCCCCUGUGGCCUUAGUUCUUGUCUUCACCAAACUCGGGAACGCAACGCCAGCAUUUUUCUUUUUCCCGAGUCUGUUGUUUUACCCAAACGUCUUAAUGCUCGUUUCUGUUGCACUUUCCUGAUGUCCAGUCACUUGAGCCUCACAAAUCUGUAUCAAAAUCGUUGAAGGACGAGCUGGAUUACACUCAUACCUACUGACAGUGAAUCUCUGCCAAUGUUCUUAGAGCCUUCAUGUACCUCUGAACGCCUAAUUACAACUUUUAUAAACUCACAGACCUAUACUUUUUUUUAACCUCUUUUUUAAAAAGAAAACACCCUGUGAAUUUUUACACGCCCCCAGUUUAGCCAAAGAUUUCUCUCACAAACGCUUCAGGUGAAAGGUGGGGGACAGUUCUUGCAACCUUCUGCUGCCUUUCAAACUAAAAAAAAAAAAAAAAAAAAAAAAAAAGGACCGUUUUUGAAGAAACAGCUUUCUGCUUUUCACCUUAACUGGUCAGGACAACAAUGUGGCAAAAGCCAUCUUCCGGUUCCAGGAGGGUGGGGGGAGGGGCUGCCCCGCCCUGCUCACAAAAUGUCUUUGCCCUCCUGUUCACGCUUUCUCCUGUUACCCACAUCCCUGUAUUCCCCAUUCACAGCCUGACCAAAAAGAAAAGCGUGGGGGAGCAGAGGAGGCCCUGGACACCAUAAAAAAAUAAGGUCCCCAGGAUCCUUGGGGGUCAAAGUGCCUCAACUUCUCCACUUGCUUCAGCUGAGAGUGCUGCUCAGCUUGCCUCCUUUGAGAAUGGUUUCUAGCUGCCGCCAGUAUGAACCCAUUGCCUCUCUCCCUGUUUCCUUAACGCCUCCUCCCAAAUGUCCAUGGAGGGUGGACCUAAGUGUUACCAUUCCAGGUUAAGGCAUUGCACCUAACUGGGAUUUUGGCCCUGAGCAGAAAAGCUCCCGGUGACAUGACAAUUCCAAACAGCCAGGGAUUCUCCGUGUUUUAAUUAGAGGCUGUGAUUGGCCCUGAUUAGCCUUAGUUGCUUAUAAAUGCCCUGGAAUUACCUAGGGAAGCUGAUUUAUCUCUUUCUCACUCUCUUUAUUGAAUCUGUAAAUCAUAUCUUAGCAAUAAGAAAUUAUUUUACUUUUUUCUAGAUUGAAGCUCCCUCUGUUAAGGGAAAAAAAUCCACUAUUUCUAGUCUGUUUCUGCUCUUAGAGGAACCGCAGAAGAAAAUUGUAUGGUAUGGGUCUUCUUAAGAUCUACGACACCCCUUCAGUCUUUGGGGGGUUUGUAUGUUUGUCUGUUGUUUAGAAUUUCUGAAAUAUAUUCUUGUUUCAUCUACGUGUCAAUAAUGUUUCCCUUCUCUCCCGUAUAAUGGCUAAGAAUUUUCCGAAGCACAUACACACAUCGUAGGCGCGCCACCUGAAAGGAAACAGGAGUUCUGUAAGCCAAAGCUGGGCAUUUAGAGAAAGAAGGGCUCUCUGCCUUCAUACAUGGAAAUCAAAUACGCAUGAGUCACAAUGCUACGGCGGCUCCCCUUCAUUCUUCACACACAGUAAAGAGUAUAAGAUCCUGUAAAAAUGUUAGGGCUGUGAGACAGUUUCUGUGGAGUGUGGCAUAGGUACAUCCUGCUAGGCGCCACUCCUCGCUUCUUAUUGUUGUGGAGGAAAAGACAAAAGCAUCAUGUUGGCUCCACCAAGGACAAUUUCCCAAAUGUCAAGAGGCAAAGCGCUCCCCAAGCCAUCAUCUCUGUGAUGCACCAGUGAGAUUUCCGUAGCAGGACCUAAUUUGUUUCACAAAAUUGCCUUCUGCCCCAUGACUGAAUAACAACCAUUCUGAGAAUUAAAAAUGAAGAGUCAUAGAUGUCAAAAGAAGGAGCUGCUAACGGUCCACUCCCUCUUCCAAACUCGGCAAACGGCAGCUGAUGAUCCAUGUGAGAACAGAAAAAGCCUCAGAGCCUGCAGCACAGGCUCUCAGUGUGCGCAGGAGACACUCGGCCGGGAUCAACUGAGAGAGGUGUGCUGUGCAGAACUGAGGCAAAUCCUGGCGUCUGCUUCCUGCCCAGCACCCAGCACCCAGCACCCAGCACCCCCGCAUUGUAAACAACCCGGCAUCACCCAAGUCAAGUUAGAGUUCUGCAGGCAGAUUGGUAACCUUACUUCUGUUUCUCUUACAGCUUUCAGCCAUAGUUCAAAUGCAAAUUUUCAUAGAGUUAAAGCUCCUAUGACCAAAGCAGUAAUGCACCACCCACCCUGGUAAUGAACUGGUGACGAGAAACUGACCUUCCCACCAACAUGCCUGCCAUCAGAGCAAACCACCAUGCAAAAAUCAAGCAGCUAGACUGACAGAUUUUUUUUUUUUACUUUAAUGGUUGACUGUACAAUAGAGCUGAUAGACAGCUUGAGCUAAGACCCAUCAAAACCAUGUCCACAGUGAGAAAGCUGGACUGAUUUCUGCCAAGAAACGUUAGGUUUUAAGAACAGCUGUAGACGGCAGGGACAUGGCGUGGGCAGCAGGACCAACCCCUGUGGCAACGUUGGGAAUUCUGAAUGAGGGUCUGUGGGUGCUCACAGCAUGGUGAGGUGGGAAACGUCCAUCUCCUCUGUCUCUGCACAGCAGAGAGUCAAGAGAAGCUUACCAAGAAGCGAGAGUGAAUAAAUGACCUUGAAGGUCUCAGGAGCUGAGCGCGACAAGGCUAACUCUGGAAUAUUUGCACUUGGGCACAAAGGAGAUCUCGGUUCAUGUUCACAAAGGUAUCCCCACGUACAAAGAUUAUAUUUAAUAUGCAUGGGUGCUACAAGUGCAGAAAUGUAAGAUGAAACAGUACAAUUCACGGUGCUUCCGCGGUCAGUAAUAAAUGGAAAAGGGAUUAGAACACCAAGCUCAGGCAGCAGGGUCUUGGACUGGUUCCUUGGGGAUCAGGUGGGUGGGUGGGGUGUGAGCCAGGGUCUGGCUCAUGUUUGAAACGUUGGGAUGUAAGAUCAACAGCAGCCCUUGACCAUGGCAUCCCAUUCCAAGAAUUAAAGCUCCCCAGUGCAUCCUGAUGACCAUCUACAUUUUACUCCUACGGAGCUAUGGCACUCAAGACAAGGGCUACUCUGGUACAUGUAUGUUAGAAGCAUGUUCUGCUCUGUUGUGUAAGUCCAGUGGUGGCCCAGAACCAUCAGAACACUAAAACCAGAGCAGUGUGUGGUCUUUAACAAUGAACCCCAAGAUUUCAACAUACGGGGUCUCUUUGCAGAGCAGGGCCAAUUAGUGGCACAGAGAAUGGGGUAUCUGCUGCACUGUGAAGAAAGGGAACCUUCACUAGCAGGCCCCUCGGUGGCCUCCACAAGUCAGCGUUUUGAGUUUGUUACAGCUUUGGAGGCAACAGGUCUUGGGCAGUUAAUAGCUAGGCAUCUAAAAUCACCUCUCCCCCAUCAUCUUUGAUACACUUGUUACGCAACCAGACUCUUUUCUCCCCAAGGAGCCAGAGGCAAGGAUGUUAAUGAAUUCUGUACUCUCAUCACUUGGUAGAAUUGCCUUUGCAAGCAGCAAGCACAUAGAGGGACACUAUCCAAGUGCAACAGAGCCACUCCGGCCUGGUAAAGCGCGUAGCAUCAAGGGACUUCCAGCCAACUCAUGUACAGGCGGGUGCUCCCACAGUCUCUCAUGUAACGGCCAUUCUCUGUACCUGUUUCAUGAUUAAUGGACUAUGGCUUCAUGGACACUAACCUCACUGUUUAUCUGUAUCACAUUUUUACUGUCAUGUCAUUAAACGGUCGUUUUCUUUU